UCGCGUACUCGUGCUGCCCAUAAUAAGCGAACGACAAACGGAGUGACAAUGCCGAGUACACUGCUUUUUGCGAACAGCAAUGAAGGCCGCGUCUACGCACUCUCCACAUCCGGCUCGGCCUGGCGCGAGUUCCUGUACCUUGGGCUGGAGUUUAAGAAAAUCUCCGUCGUGCCCCACUUCAUGUGGGCCAUCGGGGGCGACCGGCAGGUGUACGUACACGUGCACGGGUUGGAUGUACCGAUUCGUCUGAAGGAGGAAGCGUACGAGAAUGAGCGCUGGCUACCGAUCGAAGGCUUCUCCAACCGAUUGUUGCCGACCGAUCGGUUCCACUUUUCCAACGCCGACGGAACGGUCGAUCGAAACAUUGACAAAAUCCGGCUGCCCUCGAUGGCGUGGCAAUGGGAGGGCGAAUGGCAGCUCGACCUGUCGCUCGACGGGCAACCGCUGGAUCACGACGGGUGGACGUACGCCGUCGACUUCCCGGCCACGUAUCACCCGCAGAAGAACUGGAAGUCGUGCGUCCGUCGUCGCAAAUGGGUCCGCUUUCGACGCUACUGUGCCCUCAACUCGUGGUGUGCCGUCGCGCCGCUGCAUAAGGAUCCAACGCAGGAACCGUUUAUCGACGUGUCCAUCGGUGGAGCGAACGUGCCCGGUGCCUCCCCGGGGCUGCUGCUCGUUUGGGCCGUAACGGCGCACGGGCGCGUUAUGUUUCGUUCCGGGGUAAGCACUACCGCACCGGAGGGUCUCCGUUGGACCGCCGUCACGACGCCCUCCGGGUGCGAGGUGUCACAAAUUUCCGUCGGUGCAACGGGGCUCGUUUGGGCCGUGCUGUACAACGGUCGGGCGAUCGUGCGGGCCGGUGUAACGCGCGAUGCGCUCACCGGGAACACCUGGUUGGAGGUGAAACCACCGGGAACGAAUCUGAAAAUCUCCCAAGUGUCCGUCGGCACCAACUCGGUGUGGUGCGUCACGAACGACAAUCACGUCUGGUACCGGCGCGGUGUCCACGGCGAGGCGUCGGGUGUCAGCGAAGACGCCGCCAUCGGCACGGGUUGGGUCGAGAUGGUGGGCAAUAUUUCGCACAUUUCCGUCGCUGCCAACGACCAAGUGUUUGCCGUGGGAUCGGAAGAUCGGGCCCUAUACUUCCGCUCCGGUGUGUCGGCAUCGGAUUUGACCGGGAAAAAGUGGCGCCUCAUCCAGCUCCCGAUGCAGCUGAGCCGAACGUCGAGUAACUUCUCUUUCUCCAGUCGCCAAAGUGGCAACAGCUCGCCGACCACCACGAAGCACCGCAGUUUGAACAGUCUCUACAAGGAACGGUUGCAGCAGGAGACGGGUAACGGCAGUGGAGGAGGAGGCGCAGGUGGAACUGGCACUACCGGUGGCAUCGAGGAAACGUCCCGCUCGGCCCCGACGGCGAACGUUAAGAACCGACCCGAACUAUGGCACAAACCGGAGCUCUCCCCCGACGCAAUAGUGACCCAUCUGGAAGGUGCCAAGCAUCACGUGGGAAGCCUGGUCGAGAGCAAGCUGGCACAGAAGCCGGUCUCGCUGGAAAGUGUGGCCGGUACAAGCGUGCCAGUGAGCAACGAGGUGUACGAAAUCUCCGGCAAGCAGUUGAAGAACUCGCGCGCCUGGAGUCCGGUACGGUCAGUCGGAUCGGUUGUCGGCACCGAAGCGCACCCGGAAACGGACUCGUGUGUGUUCGAGGGCGAAACGUCGCGUGAUUCGGGCGUCUUUGGCGAGUGCGAAGACCAUGGAGGCUCGCAGAACUGGACCGAUUGCGAGGUCCUUUGGGUGGGCUGUUCCGCCGGCGCCGUCACCGUCGAUCCGGCCAUGCUUCCGAACUGGUUCCACGAUAGCUUCUCGCAGAACGCCUCCGAGGAGCUGAGCCAAUCCUGGCGCCUCCGUUUGCUGGACGAUCUCAAGAAGCGGCUGCCGGCCAAAGAGAUGGAAAGCGGUGCGUACGCACACUAUGAGAAGGCAAUCGAAAUGAGCUCGUGGGUGAAAUCGGGCGAGGCACGGUGCGCCAAAUCGGGCCAUCCGUUCGAGGAUUGUCUGAUCGAGCUGGAAUGGGUGAACAACCAGGGCACGGGACCCGACUCCGGUACGCUUACCGUCCUGAACUCGGACGGUAUCACCACGAAGAUGCAAUUCUCGCUGUCGGAAAUCACCUGUAUCAUGUGCUGCAGUGAACCGGGUUCGCCUCGGGUUGCCAUCCAUGCCCCUCGGCUGCCGCCCGGGUCUUCCCCACUGAAGCUACAGUUCAGCGGUGACACCGAUCUGGAGGAUUGGAUCUCGCAUCUCACCUCGGUUUGCUGUCAGAUCAACGAGGUGCAGGGACGUCCUUCGGGGCGCUCGGUUUGGAUCACCUCCGGCUUGGGCGACGUGUUCGUGUUCGAUCCGAUUAAUCUCGAGGCGCAGCAGUGGAAUGAAGAUGCAAAGAGUUAUCGACUGCAGCUCGACAUGAAGGCAGCCGAAACGCCAUACUUAACAUCGCUUCACAAUGGCAUGAUCAUCGGUUCGCGGUUGGAAAUUACCGGCUUCAUCUACGACGACGCCGAUCAGGUACGGUUCGAUCUGCAAGCGCACCCGACCGUGCGCAUGCGGCACAAGAUGGAAACCCAACGCAACAUCCCAUUGCACAUUAAUCCACGCUUCAACGAAAAGCUCACCGUCUUCAACUCGAUGUCCGCGUCCGCCUGGAGCGAGGACGAAAUUCGCGACAAGCUGGUAUCGUUUGCACCCGGGGCCGAGUUUAAGCUGGAAAUCUACAGCGAUACCGAUGGGUUCCGGGUGCAAGUGAAUGGCACGGAGCACCCAAAGUUCCACUACCGCAGCGGACUCGCGCCGGACACGGUGUGCAGUUUGUACAGCAGUGGGCGCGUGAAGAUCCUGCACAUCGUGUACGACAGCCCGAAGAUUGUCAUCCCAUUGCGCGAUGUCUACUGGCGCCAGAUCGGGGGCCACAUGAAGCGAGUCGUAGCCAGCCGGGCCACGGGCGUGGUCUGGGGUCUGGGGUACGAUAAUACGGUGUGGGUGUAUACGGGUGGCUGGGGUGGUGCCUUCCUGAAGGGCUUGGAGACGAGCAAUCAGGGCAUCAACGUGAUGACCGACACGCAGAACUAUUACAUCUACGAAAACCAGCGAUGGAACCCGUUGUCUGGGUUUUCCUCGACCGGGCUGCCCACCGAUCGGCACAUGUGGAGCGACGUGACGGGCAAGCACAAGCGCAGCAAGGAGCACGCCAAGCUGCUGUCGAUGCACUGGCAGUGGAUCAGCGACUGGCUGGUGGACUUUCAUAACCCGGGCGGCGUCGAUCGGGACGGGUGGCAGUACGCGGUCGAUUUUCCCGCCUCGUACCACGCGAAGAAACAGUUUACCGAUUACGUACGGCGACGACGCUGGUACCGCAAGUGCCGGCUGACGACUAGCGGACCGUGGCAGGAAGUGGGCAAUACGAAGAUUGUGGACGUAUCGCUGCAACCGGACAGCGACGAACGGGACUGCACGAUCACGGUGUGGGCGAUUGCGGCGAACGGGGACGUCCUGUACCGUCGAGGCGUGUACCAAUCUCAACCAGCAGGCACCGGUUGGGAACACGUUCCCUGUGAUCAACCACUGACGAGUAUUAGUAUAUACGAGAACAAGGUUUGGGCCGUCGGUAAGAAUGGGUCCGCAUUCCUGCGGUGUGGCAUAUCGCUCGAAAACCCACUCGGCAGCAAAUGGCAACUGAUAGAACCCCCCGGUGGGGUCAGCUUUAAGCAGAUCUCGGUGGGCAGGUGUGGCAUUUGGGCACUUGACACGGCCGGGCGCCUGUCGGUGCGCAAGGAAAUCAACGGUACGUUCCCCGAGGGCAGCCACUGGCAGCUGCUGCAGAACAUACUGAACGAUCCACCGCACUACGAGGGGAAUAGUGGAUUCAAAAAUGUUUCCGUCGGGGAGCACGUGUUUGCCGUGUCGCAGUCGGGCUAUGUUUGCAAGCGUAGCGGAAUAACGCCACUCAAUCCGGCCGGCACUGGAUGGAUUCUUGGAAUUCAGGCCAACUGGAACUUUGUAAAUGUGACCGGAUUUUACGAUUAAACGAACGUAUGCUUCUUCGCCGUGCUUAAAGUGAAUCUAGGCUUAAAAAGCAGCCUAAAAGACGCUAUUGCUAGCUUAAUGAAAAUCUUAAUGUAAAUGGUAUUACUCUUAUAUUAACCCUGUUUCAAACCUACUUACACUAAUAUAUAAAUAAAAAUGCU